UUGCGCAUGCGUAAUUAGCACUUGAUCCUGUCUGGACUGCCAUGGCUGCGGUCUGCGCUGCUUCACGUCUUUUUGCGAGGAGGGUCGUGUCAUCUAAAGCCCUCCCAGCAGUUUACCAAGGGAAUUCUCGGAAGUUUCACUUCACUGUCUAUGGGAAAAAGGAGAAAACUGCUAAAGUUUCCGAUGCAAUCUCCACUCAGUACCCAGUGGUAGACCAUGACUUUGACGCAGUGGUUGUGGGAGCAGGUGGUGCCGGACUGAGAGCUGCUUUUGGCUUGUCGGAGGCUGGCUUCAACACUGCCUGCGUGACGAAGCUCUUUCCCACAAGAUCCCAUACAGUAGCAGCUCAGCUGGAAAACUUUGGGAUGCCGUUCAGUAGAACAGAUGAUGGGAGGAUUUACCAACGUGCUUUCGGGGGGCAGAGUCUGCAGUUUGGGAAGGGAGGACAGGCUCACAGGUGCUGCUGUGUGGCGGACAGGACUGGGCACUCGCUGUUACACACACUCUAUGGUCGGUCUCUAAGGUAUGACACCAGCUAUUUUGUGGAGUACUUUGCUUUGGAUUUGCUUAUGGAAAAUGGAGAAUGUAAGGGAGUAAUAGCUCUUUGCAUGGAAGAUGGAUCAAUUCACCGUUUCAGAGCGAAGAACACAGUCAUUGCAGGCUGUGGCCCUGACAAGGACCACGUGUACCUGCAGCUGCACCACCUCCCCCCUCAGCAGCUUGCCACCCGCCUGCCGGGGAUCUCUGAGACAGCCAUGAUUUUUGCAGGUGUCGAUGUUACUAAGGAGCCUAUCCCUGUCCUCCCUACAGUCCACUACAACAUGGGGGGAAUCCCAACCAACUACAAGGGCCAGGUCAUUACUCACAAGGACGGCGAAGAUAAGGUUGUCCCUGGACUCUAUGCUUGUGGAGAAGCUGCCAGUGCAUCCGUCCAUGGAGCCAACCGACUGGGCGCAAACUCUCUCCUAGACCUGGUGGUGUUUGGUCGGGCCUGUGCUCUGACCAUAGCUGAGACUUGCAAGCCUGGAGAAACUCUUCCAUCACUCAAGCCAAAUGCUGGAGAGGAGUCUGUGGCCAAUCUUGACAAAGUGAGAUUUGCAAAUGGCAGCACCAGAACUUCGGAAAUCAGGCUUAAUAUGCAAAAGACAAUGCAGGCUCAUGCUGCAGUGUUCCGUACUGGCCCGGUCCUCAAAGAAGGCUGUGAGAAACUGGAUGCGGUCUUCAAAAGUAUGGAUGACAUCAAGACCUUUGACAGAGGCAUUGUGUGGAACACGGACCUGGUGGAGACUCUGGAGCUGCAGAAUCUCAUGCUGAAUGCGCUGCAGACCAUCAACUCAGCUGAGGCUCGCGAGGAGAGCCGGGGGGCACAUGCCAGGGAGGACUUCAAGGACCGCAUUGAUGAGUAUGACUACAAGAAACCACUGCAAGGACAGCAGAAGAAGCCAUUCAGUGAGCACUGGAGAAAGCACACUUUGUCAUAUGUGGAUUCCUCUGGGAAGGUAAAGUAAUAUUGCUGCCUGGGUUCAGAAUUGA